AUGUCGGUCAAUGCGAGCACAGGCAGUAAAUGGACUUGUCAAGUCUGCACUUUCGAUAAUCACAUGUCAGCAGUGCGUUGUGCUAUGUGUUAUACCAACAUUGAAAAGGCAAAAGAAAGCCAUGGAUCGGCUGGUUGUACACAACAGUCGACGUUAUUAAUUACUCAAUACGAUAAUAACAGUAAGAAUGCUCAUCAGUCUAAUGAAUAUCAACGUGGAAGUGAUCAAAUUUGGUCUUGUGCGUCGUGUACUUAUGAAAAUUGCCUCAAUUCAUCCAAUUGCUCCAUGUGUGAAAUGCAAUUUUAUAACGAUAAAAACAAUGAAAGGAAUCACUCGAAUAAUCCUACAUCUCAUGGCGAUAGUACUAGUACCAAUGUUGAUACUGGUACUAAUGUGAUUAAUUAUAAAUAUUGUAAUAAAUGGAUUUGUAGUCGAUGUACCUACGAAAAUUUCAUCAAAUCUUUGCGCUGUGUAAUGUGCCAAAAUCCGCGUUAUCCACAAGAAGCCCAAAUUGAUCUUAAUCAACUUAAUAUCAAAUCGAAGUCUCCCUCAGUCAAUCAACUUACAAAUCAUGCUUGUAAUCGAGGUAAACCUGAAAGUUGCUACAUCACCUACUCACCAACAGAAGAGAUGAUCGAUAAUCCUUACGAUACUGAAGUAAAAAUCGAUAACCUUCACUCCUAUGAUGCUUUUCCUAUAACUGAAGAAGAUCUCAACCAGAUCAAAAAUCACUUAUCCACUGAGGAUUGGUCAUGGUUGGGCGCUUGCCAGGGUGUUAAGACUGGCAAACGAAGACCAGUAGAACAAUACAUUGCAUCAGGUGGCGAUGUAUCUAGACAGUUGACUAAUGAAGAUUUGAUGUUAUUAAAAUGGACGAAUCCAGUAGAAAUUGGGUAUACCCUGGUACAUCUGGCUAUUAAAUAUGAUCAUCAGGAUUUGUUAGAUAUCCUAUUAACACCAGUAGCCGAUCGACGUGCUCAUAAAUGUUUACCUUCAGAUGCUGAACCAGAAUUAGCCCAAGACAUUCGAGAAAUUGUAUCAAUGUCGAUUAGACAACGUAAAGGAGAGUGGCCCUGCUAUUUUGUGACAAAUAUUGUCACAUUUGCCUUACCGGCUGGGAUUCACAGUUUAUCUCCUGAUGUACAAGAACAAUUGUUUAACGAAAUCAUCGAUAGAGAUGUUCAAAAUGAAUUAGAAGUUAAUUCCACUGUUAUCAACUGGAGUUACGAAAUUACGGAAGACUUAGACAGUAAAUUGUAUACCUUAUGGAAUCGAACAGCUGGCGAUUGUUUAUUGGAUUCAGUUAUGCAAGUUACUUGGGGAGUUAUGGAUGAAAAUGCUGUAUUACGACGCGCCUUAAGGGAGAGCCUUCGCUGUGAAGACAGGUUCUAUCAACGCUGGCGAGAAGCAGAAGCUAUACAAGCAAGUAUUUUAGAAUUUAGCCUAGACGAACAGCAGUGCGUUAAGGAUUGGUCAAAUAUUAUUGACAGCGCUAGAAAAAAAGGAGCUCCAUUAGAGCAAAUACACAUAUUUGUAUUAGCGCAUAUUAUGAGGCGACCAAUAAUUGUUUAUGGUGUAAAAUAUGUUAACAGCUAUAAAGGGGAAACAUUAGGUCUAGCGCGAUUCCAAGGAAUAUAUUUACCCUUGUUAUGGGAAAGGAGCUUUUGCGUGUCAAAUCCAGUUGCUUUAGCUUAUACUCGCGGUCAUUUUUCCGCCGUUGUUGGAAUCGAAUCGGAUACAGUCAAUGACGCAGUUGCUGGUGCUAAUGUAGACAAUUGUGAAAAUACUCAGACAAUAUAUCUGCCGUUGAUAGAUAGUUUAAGUGUUCCAUUACCAGUACAUUUUCUUCUUAAUUCUGAGCUUGGCUGUGAAGAACAACUAAUGCACGAAUGGUUAGACUGUGAAUGUACAUCUAGUGGAAUUAUUGUGGCUAAACAAAAUAUAACUAGGAUGCCAUUUCAAGUGGAUAGAAUGCUUGAUAACUGGCUUGAUAAAUAUCGAAAAUUAGAUAGCUAA